AUGUCUUCUGGUAGAGUAUCCCUCACUCCAACGUUGGAGCAGAAGCACAAUGGAGUCCCAGCGCGACUCUUGCACAAAGCUCAGCGUGCGAAAAGCUUGAUCCAUGAUAUCGCUACGAAAAAGACCAAGGCCAGACAACGACUGCCAGUGGUGCCUCAAGGUAUUGACCGUGAUCGUUUUGUUCGAGCUCUUGAGGAGCUUGCGAACGAUAUUGGCAAGGAGCAUGUUCAGGUCAAUGAUAAGCCGCUUGAGGAUGGCUGGUAUAUGGAGUCUCCGAAUACGCACGACGGGAUGGCUGUUACGGAUGAAGAAGAGCUUGUUGCUUCCGCGGUUGUAUAUCCUGGUGAUACGGAAGAUGUCCAAAAGAUUGUAAUCUGGGCCAACAAAUAUCUUGUCCCAUUGCAUCCGAUUUCUAUGGGUCGAAACUUCGGCUAUGGAGGAGCCGCUCCCCGUGUCCGUGGUGCUGUCGUCAUAGACCUCGGAAAACGCAUGAACAAGAUCCUCAACAUCGAUCCCGACGAUUGCACCUGUCUAGUCGAACCGGGCGUUUCGUACUACGCAAUGUAUGAAGAAAUGCAAAAACGCGGCUACAAGCAUCUUUGGCUCGACGUGCCUGACUUGGGCGGUGGAUCAAUGGUUGGAAACGCAUUGGACCACGGUGUUGGUUAUACACCAUAUGGAGACCACUUUGGAAUCCAUUCAGGAAUGGAAGUAGUGCUUCCAACGGGGGAAGUCGUUCGAACAGGCAUGGGUGCUUUGCCGGGGAAUAAUACGUGGCAGCUCUUCCAGUACGGUUACGGGCCAUAUAUUGAUGGCAUCUUCACCCAGUCAAAUUUCGGGAUCGUUACGAAGAUGGGGUUUGGCCUGAUGCCAGAUCCUGGCGGCCACGAGAGCUUCCUGUACACCUUUAAAAACGAAGAAGACCUGGGCCCACUUGUAGAAAUCGUUCGUCCGCUACGAAUCGCCAUGAUUCUCGACAACAUCGCCAACAUCCGUCACGCCCUACAACUCCUUGCGUUAUCUGGCAAACCCCGUUCCACAUUUUACGACGGAGACGGACCAUUCCCCAUGGAUAAAAUGAAGGAGCAUCUCAAAUCGCACCCAUAUGGCGAAUGUACCUGGGUCUACUUCGGCACAUGCUACGGUCCCAAAGAAGUCCGACAGCUAAAACUGGACACAAUCCAUCGCGAGUUUACCAAGAUUCCAGGCGCAAAGCGUAUCGACCCCUCGACACUCCCACCCACCGACUACUUCUGGUCACGCGACAAGAUCGCCUCUGGUGAACCCGACCUCGAGGAACUGGCAUGGGUGAACUGGUGGCCCAAUGGGGGACAUAUCGCAUUCAGCCCUGUAUCGCCCACGCGUGGAGCUGAUGCUAUGAAACUGUGGCACAUGGCUAAGAAACAAUGGGAAGCAUCCGGUCUCGAUUUUUUCCUCGAUUUUAUCGUGGGUCUGCGCGAAUUACAUCUCGUUGUUGAAGCAGUCUAUGACCGCGAUGACGCUAAGCAGCGCGAUAUAGCUCUAGGAGUAAUGCGAACUCUCAUUGAUGAUGCGGCCAAAGAGGGAUAUGGAGAGUACCGAACGCAUCUCUUGCUUAGCGACCAGGUUGCGGGGACUUAUAGCUGGAACAAUAGUGCGCUUAUGAAGUUGAAUGAGAAGAUGAAGGAUUGUCUGGAUCCGAAUGGGAUUUUGGCUCCGGGGCGGAAUGGUAUAUGGCCAGCAAGAUACAGAGGGAGAGGGUGGGAACUAUAUACAAAUAGGGCUUCUUCAGAAGGAAAUGGAGUUGCGCCGCCAGCUGGAGCGACGAGGUUGUGA